AUGGUACUGGACUACACAGCGGCGGACAUGUCUGUAAUGACGAUCAUCGCCAUCAGCGUCGACAGGUACCUUAUGGUGCACAACUCCAUUCGGCAUCUAUCGAGACAAUCCCACAGGAAGGUAGCCAUAAUUUGCAGUAUCCUCUGGAUGACUUGUCUAGCUGCCCAUUCGACUCUAGCCUUCACCUACUCCUCAAGGACAGGAUUCCUGCAUGAUGAGAACAGAAUAGCCGCAUGUGACCUUGGGUACGGAAAGAAUCUGGUCGUCCUCAUUGUAAUGUUCUUAAUCGAGUUCCUGGUUCCUGCUAUAUGCGUCUCCGCCCUGAAUCUCACAGUGUAUUUUCGUUUGAAGAGACGUACCAACAAGCUCCAAACCAGGCAAGGUCGAGACCACCAAGUAUCAUCUGCGUCUCGGACAACCUCCUUUGAAAACGAUGACAUGCAAAUUCAUGGAAGCGGAUCAGGUUCUCAACACCAAAAAGCGGCAAGAUUCUUGGCAUUACUUCUGAUUGUCUUCACAUUAUGCUGGUUGCCCUUCUAUAUAAACGGAUGCUAUACAUUUUUCAAUUCCUCUGGUGUUCAAAAUGAAGCGCUUACCCAUCUAGUGUCAUUCGUUCUGUGGAUGAAUUCUGCCAUAAACCCAUUCUUGUAUGCUUUCACCAACGUCUUCUUCAAGGAGAAUUUUAAGCAGUUUUUGAGAUGCAAGUGA